AUGUCAUUGGAAGCAAAUAACCCGUCUGGAAAGCAGAAACGAAGAGAGAGAAACAGAUCCGUGCGUGAAAUCGGCAAGCAUAAUAAAUUAGACAACAAGCUUGCUGAUGAUAUACCAAAAGUGAGCGGGCCCAUUGAAGCCAAUCGAUAUGCGCUUGCUCGUAUCAUGGAGAUCAAUGACAUGCAACAGGCCAUCAAGAAAGCAAGUUACGCAUUGAACGAGCUCGCAUUUCAGUCGCUGCCUCGUGGUCUCCGUCGCCGUGCAGCGAGUCAUAAUAUCAACAGAUUGCCUGCUCGAUUGAGAGCAAAGGCAGCAAAGGAAGCCUACAGCUCUGCACCCAACUCCAAAUUGAUCCGCAAAAAAGUGAAAAAGAUCAAGACACCUAGAAAUACAGUAGAAGAGUUCCUUCGACGUCAAAAGUCCAAGAAAUGGCUCGAGACGCACAUGUGGCACGCAAAGAGAAUGAAGAUGAAGGACAUUUGGGGCUACAGAAUCGCAUCUCGACCCAACACCAAAUCAGUGCGCAUCACCUAUCGGUCCUUUACUCGUCUAUCAGUGGCUCACGAUGCCUCUUAUAUGGCUUGCAUUGAAUUGAAAGGCGAUCAGAGCGAAAUUAUCGCAGUGUUGGAUACAUUGACUGAUAAAGGAGCACCCUCUGUUGGCAGUCAAAGAUUCAUCAAGGGAAACCGCCUUGGCACCACCCAUUUGUACGAAUACAUGGGAUAUCCUGCCAAGCUGAUCUGUCCCAUUUCAUUCUUGUGGAAGCCAAAGACAAACGAUACCAUUUGGCUGUGGAUCCACCCAUCUGCCAUCCACGAAGCACUCGCCUUUAUCAAAGUCGCUAUCAAGGAAACACAUGCGGCCCAGGUGGAGCUGAAUGACCUGCGAAACGAAAUUUUGAAAUUCGAAUUGACUGGACCUCGAUCUACUGCUCUGUUGCAAGCAAUUCUGGAUCCUGUGCCAGAUACAGACCUUCGAGGAAACGCAGUAUGGAAGGAUUUGAGUCAGUUGCGUUCAUCUUGCUCCUUGUCUCCUGGAAGUGUUCUUGGUCUGCUUGUUCAGGAUCCUCGCUUAAAGUUCCCUCAAAAAGUGCCGCCUCGCAACAAUGACAUAUCACCAGCAGAACAGCGCAAGGUUCAGGAUAUUUUGACACACUGGCCAGCAGAUGCAGCAGAAACAGCCAUAUGGGACAAGGAUCUUCGCAAAUCAUUGAUUGACAAGAAAAUACCUGAGUACGGCUUGAAUUUACGCCGUGAGCAGAACCUGAUUCCAGGCACCAAACUAGAGCCCACAGCAGAGGACAGCCAGAUCCCAGUUCUCCUCAUACAGCGUGGAGGGCCCUGCUUCAACACGUUAGAUAUCGCACAAAAACCGCUCUCCUCGCACGAACUCAUUGAGGGAUGGACAGUCAUCAUCCCCCGUGGAUUCGGCCUCGCCUUUUGGAAAUCACUGACGUUUGCCGGUGCUCGUGUUGCAGGAUACGACGAUGUGCGUGCCAUGCAUUUUGAAAGCGGUGUACCUUGCUUUCCACACGAUUACCCGGGCACAAGAGCUUUUGAAGUGCAACGUCAAUUGACCAAAAAGGCAGCAGAAGAAGUGUGGAGCAAGAGACCACCUGGCAAACGCGUCAAUUUCAGCAAGCGUGGCAUUGAGCAUCCAUUUGAAUCCGCCUUUGAGACACUGUCGACUGUAGAACACAUGCAAGUGGAGCCAGAGCACAACUUGGCUGUGCGACCUCAUUAUUCAUUAAUUUGUGGAGAGCGAUUUGUGUCCAGUUUCUUGGCUCCUCCCUGUGCUAGAUCUGAUGCAAUUUUGACAAAACUUGGCAUUGAUGUGCUCCAUUUAAGUUUGGAUGACACGCUCGUCAAGAUCAGACUCAAGUACGUAGAUAGAGGAAAGCCUGCUGCCCAUGCCAUGAUUUACAUACUGCAGAACCAGCAAGACUACGACAAGUGUACGUUUCAUAUCAGACACCAGUCUCCACUUGUCAAGAGCAAGAGAAAGCUAAAGGAGCUGAUGGAAGUCAAUGCCAAUGCUGCGGAACAGAUCACUUGCGACAUACCCCCCAAAUCUCAGCAUAUUGGUUACGUUACAAAUGGAGAUUUCUCUCUAUCCCUUGGCUAUGGAUUUGGUAUCGGAGCAUGCACUGUUGCUGGCUUGAAAAAGCUUAAAGAAAUCGAUGAAGCACAAAAGCGAUCGCUCAAGCUGCUUGUGCUUGUGAGAAACCCAACCUCACUGGAAGUCAGACCUGCUCAGUUGGAAGUGUUGUGUUGA